AUGGGGAGACCUGACCCAGAAGAAGGGCAACUCCCAGCUCCUGUGAAGCCUCCAGAUGGUGGCUGGGGCUGGAUCGUGCUCCUUGGCUGCUUUGUGAUCACUGGCUUCUCCUAUGCCUUCCCAAAAGCCGUCAGUGUCUACUUCAAGGAGCUCAUGAAAGAUUUCCACGUGGGCUACAGCGACACAGCCUGGAUCUCUUCCAUCAUGCUGGCCAUGCUCUAUGGGACAGGACCAGUAUGCAGCAUCAUGGUGAACCAGUUUGGCUGCCGGCCUGUGAUGCUCAUUGGUGGGCUGCUAGCUUCUGCUGGGAUGAUCCUGGCAUCUUUUACCACCAAUAUCAUUGAGCUUUAUCUGACAGCUGGUGUGCUGACAGGUCUGGGUAUGGCAUUGAACUUCCAGCCCUCACUGAUCAUGCUGGGCACCUACUUUGACAAGCGUCGGCCUCUCGCCAAUGGACUGGCUGCUGCUGGGAGCCCUGUCUUCCUUUCCUCGCUCUCCCCACUGGGGCAAGUGCUGCUGGAGAAGUUUGGGUGGCGAGGAGGGUUCCUUAUCAUGGGGGGCCUUCUGCUUAACUGCUGCACUUGUGGGGCAGUCAUGAGACCCCUGGACAUGGGCAUGAAGAGGAAGAUGGGGAAAGCUCAGGACAAAUAUGAAGCCAAGGAGAUGCUGCCCAUAGGAGGGAAGUCAGAGGAGGGGAUCAGCACUACUGAUGGAACCAAGAAAGGCAAGAAAGCCAAGAAGAAGACCAAGAAAGGAAAGAAACUCCUGGAUUUUAGUAUCUUCUCCAACCGAGGGUUUAUCAUUUACACCAUUUCAAAGUUCAUCCUGGUCCUGGGUCUCUUUGUGCCCCCCAUAUUGCUGGUCAACUAUGCCAAGGACACGGGCGUACCGGACACAGAGGCCGCAUUCUUGCUCUCCAUCAUUGGUUUCAUAGACAUCUUUGCCCGCCCAGCUUGUGGCAUGGUGGCAGGGCUGAAGUGGGUCCGCCCUCACGUGGCAUAUCUGUUCAGCUUCUCCAUGCUCUUCAACGGCUUGACAGACAUCUGUAGUGCCAGGGCGAGCAACUACACGGGGCUGGUCAUCUUCUGUGUCUUCUUUGGCAUCUCCUAUGGCAUGGUGGGGGCACUGCAGUUUGAGGUGCUGAUGGCCAUCGUUGGCUCCCAGAAAUUCUCCAGCGCCAUUGGGCUGGUCCUACUUAUUGAGGCUUUCGCUGUGCUCAUCGGCCCACCCUCUGCAGGCCGCCUGGUCGAUGCUCUCAAGAACUACGAGGUAAUCUUCUACCUGGCGGGUUCAGAGGUCGUGCUCUCCGCUCUCUUCCUGGGUGUCGCCAGCUACUGCUGCCUGAACCGAGGGAAGAAGGAGCCUCCCCCAGAGAACAACCCCUCUGUGGGAGGUGGGAGCGACACCGAGGAAGCAGAGUCCGAUGUGCAGGAAGCCGAGGAGCACAGCAGUGACAACCACCAGCCAACCCACAGCACUGACAACGCCGUGGUGGUGGGCAACGAGGAGGCCAACCAUGUGGCAGAGGAGCAGAGAGGGGAGGGAGGUGGCUGUCCUGCAGGGGAUGGGGAGGUGUUGGCACAAGACGGCUGCAAUGCUGACCAGAUGGUGGAGAGGGACAGUUUUUAG